AUGCUGCGCCACGCCAAACGCGACGAAGAGGCCGGCGGUCCUGGUCUCGGCGUGCUCGAAACUCGCAAACGAACUCGUCGAGCCGGCGAUGGAUCCAUCGUGACCAGACCAGCAAAGCGACAGGGUCGACGGCCAUCGCAUGCCACGGCUUCGUUGUCCGAUGACACCGACCAUCCGCCGCAUGGAGCGCCCGUGUCGCCUCCUACGUCGGCCAGCGAUCCUCCGUCCCUGUCUCUCGAUGAGACCGAUCCCUUGCUGGCACCGAUGAUGCCGGGAGGUCCGUUCGAGCCGUUCGUCGAGCCUAUACCGGGACAAUUUGACGCGGCGGACGGAUCGUGGAGCUUAGGGCUAGAGCCGCAGGGGCUGGCAGAUGGCUUUGCGACCGAUUUUAAUAUGCCCUUCGCUGCCACGCACAAUUACAACUGGCUGUUUGACGUUGCCUCCCUGGACGACGCCUUUCAUCAACUCGAUCUCCCUCUCGGCCCUGACAUGAUGACCUUCGCGGACGCACUGGACACACCCCCAGCCAGCCUGGACAUCCCCGACGCAGACACAUUGCUCGAUCAAGACGGAUCGUCGGUCCUCUUACAGGCAGCUUCCUUUGUCGAGCGCACCCGCGACAUCAACCUGACGCUUAACCCCCUAGACAUGGACUGGAUGGGUCCCAACAUGCUCGAUCCAAGUCCUGCGCCGCAUCUUCCUCGUCUCUCGGAGGAGGUCAGACAGGGAAUACUGUCGCUCGUAACUCACGAUCCAGUCGUUCUCGCACAAAUCGACACUCUACUCAGCCUGACCUCCCUACAAAACUACAGCGAUCUCUUCUUUACCCGCUUCAACACUGUCUAUCCACUCAUUCACCAACCCACCUUCGACCCGACCACCGUCCAGCCCGUCUUUAUGGCCUCGAUUCUGUGUAUGGGUGCAACGUACAGCACACGCGAGGCCCACCAGCUCGCCGUCAGUCUACACGGCAACCUGCGCACGCAGCUCUUCUGCAACGAGGCAUUCUCACCCUCACCCGACCUCUGGGUCCUCCAAACAAUGCUCCUAAUUGACUGUUUCGGCAAAAUGCGCGCGGGGCCAAAGCAGCGCGAAACCGCCCAGUUAUUCCACUGCGUGUUGAUCAAACUCAUCCGUCGCAGCGGAUGCUGCACAGUCCGCGCGAGCGCACCUGAUCUCUCCGCGUCCGGGAUCGAGCAAGAAACCGGCGAUCUGAACGAGAGCUGGCGAAGGGCCAUAGAGGACGAGCAACGCAAACGUCUCGCAAUGCAGUGUUUCAUGUGGGAUACGCAGCACGCGGUCCUCUUCUCGCAGUCCCUGUGCAUGUCGGCGUUCGAGAUUCGAUCCGCCCUGCCGUGUAGCAGCGCGGUGUGGGAAGCCUCUACGGCUGAAGAAUGGAUGCGGAGCGCCUCACGAGAGCCAGAACCUCAUUACUUUCUCUCCGUGCUAAAGGGAUACAUCACCCCGGGAUCAGUGACACGACCUCGCGACCUGAACCCCCAGGCGAGACUGCUCGUUCUGCACGGGUUGAUGUCCGUAUCCGCGGAUCUCAAACGCCGCGAUCAAACCACCAUCCGCGAAACCCCGGAGCGAGUCGGUGUCUGGACGCGUCGAAUGGGUCGAUCCUACGAUCUCUGGAAGAUCGACUUCGACGCAGACUGUCUAUCCAGCAAGCUGUGUCUUUCCCAAUCUCCCUCUCAAACAUCUAUCCCGACAGACCCAGAUAUUGGCCGUCUCACACCCCUCAAAUCUUCCGCCCACGCGCUCUAUCGCGCCGCGCACAUUGCUCUGAACGUCGAAGUGCUCGAUCUUCAGAUCGCCGCAGGCACGACGCAGAUUCUCAGUCGCGGCGUCACGGACUCCGACCGUGCCAGGUCCCUACACAUCCUACCGCGAUGGCUACAAACCGACUCCUCGAUCAGCGCGGCGCGACACGCAGCGCAUUUACUUCAAGACGCGAUCCUUACCCUACAGGACUGGGAACAGACCGACGCGUUCCACUUCCCGUGGUGUUUGUAUCUGGCGACGUUGACCUGCUGGGCGUUCCAUUUCCACGCGCAGCCGGAGGACAGACAGGGUCUGGGACACCCGGGACAGUGCAGGAUCACGACAGACAUUUCGUCGCUGAUCGUGGCGAUGACGAGCUGCGAGGGCGAUGAGCUGGCGAGUCUGGGAGGGAAAUACGAGACGAGGGGAUUGGUGAUGGCGAUGGGACAGCAGUUGGCGGGCGUGCGAUGGGGAGUUGUUCAUGAUGCGAUGAAGGUGUUGGUGAAUUUGGGGAGUAGAUAG